UGGCAACACUGAUUGUUCGUUUGGUUUUUCGUUUUCGUUCGUUCAUGUUUGUUGUAACUGUCUGUCAAUCAAAUAGUUUGUUGUCAAAAGUAAAUGAUUUCAUAGCCAGAGAGUAAAUUGGUUCCGUGAAAUAUUUGAGGAAUAAUAUUUUUUAUGUAUCUAUGUAGGUGCCUAACACAGUUAUAAAAUAAGCCCAAAAGAAGAUUACCAAAUUUAUGUGAAAUUUUAAAUUUAAUCCUACAAAAACAGGCGACGCUGAUCAAAAACUUAGCUAAUAAAUUAGAAGGGGAGGAUUAUUUUUCUACUAAAAAUAUCUCUGACGCAGACACAAUGAAGAGUAGAAGUUUGGCAGGCAAUUGUGGCAUUGGUGUGUUCGUCAUUGCCCUUGUCACAGUGGCAUUGGCAUUUGGUACGCCCAGUUGGCUGGUCAGCGACUCGAGAAUAAGAAGUGCCAGGUUGGAUAGGUUGGGAUUAUGGAGCCACUGCUUCAGGUCUCUCCCAGACCCGUUGGAUCAAUAUCAAAGAAGAUUUUUCGUGGGAUGUCGCUGGGUGUACGAUCCUUUUACCACUGGCUAUGACAAAAUCCGUGGUUAUUUACUUCCAGGUUUCAUGAUAGCAACUCAGUUUUUCUUUACUUUAUGUCUCCUUGGCGUUUUAGUAUCGACAAUUUUGGUUUUAAUUUACUUCUUGUGCUGUGGCCCUGAUCAAGGCAGAUUCUUUAUAUUAAUAAAAAGUAUAGGAUACAUUAUGCUGGGAGCAGGUGUUUGCGGAGCUAUCGGUGUCAUUGUAUUCGCUUCUUUGGGAAACACAGACGGUUGGAUGCCAGAUCAUCCUAAUAAUUAUUUUGGAUGGUCAUUCGGGCUUGGCGUGGUAGGGGCAGUGGCCUGCCUUGUAACGGCUGCUUUAUUCCUGACUGAGGCGAACAUACAACUAAAGAAACGCGACAAGUUGAAAGAAUCUCAAGCAAGAUUUGAAUUAGAAUACGAAUCUAAGGCAUGAUUUUUGCAUCAGGUUGACAAUCUGAGGCUUUUAUCUCUCUUUACAGUGCCUUUAGUAGUUAUUAAAUAUUUUAUACCUAGUUAGUCUGGUCUGAUAUUUAUUAUUGUAUCAGUUGUAUGUUACAUCAUUUUAUAGAAGUUAAGACGACAACUUAGAUACUAUAUUAGUUAAAAUAAGGUCAUCUAUUGCAAAUAAGUUUUGCAUUUUUUUUCUAAUUAUCUAAAACUCAAAUUUUAACUGCACCAUUGUUGUAUUAUGGAAUUUCUACAUUUUAUCACACAAAAAUAAUAUUGAUAUAAGUAUUUGUAAAUUAGAAUUUUAGAAUGUUUACAUAAUACUGCUAACCGUAUUUGGGCCAACUAGAAUUAGAAUUUUAUACAUAUUUUACUUUUAAAAAUCCAUUGUUUAUAAUAUAAUAUACAACAGUAAGUGUUUGUGUUGAAAUCUACUAUAUUUUGUCAAUUUAAUGCUGUGCACUUGUUUGUAUGUUUGUGUAUGAAUGUGUUAACUGAAUUGUUUAUUUAAUCAAAGUACAAAAGCAAUUUUAACUACAACACAAAUAGUAUUUUAAUAAUAGGUCAAAUAGUAUUUUGUAAAGAAAAGCAACAUGUAUGCAUAUUCUCAUUUAAGACAAAGAUAACUUUAUAGAGACUACCUCUACAUUUUACCAACGAAUACAAAUGCACAGAACCUAUUAGUGUUGUAAGGAAAUAAAAAUAUUGCACUUUAUUUUAAAACACUAACUGUUCUAGAUUAAUUGUAUUAUAAUUUAUUUGACAAAUGCAAUCAAUUCCGUCCAUGUCUGAGGAAAAUUAACAGUGUGUGAUUAUUUUGCUUAUGUUAAUAGCAGUUAGCAGAACAGUUGAGCAGAGAUGACUAUUUAACCAAUUUAAAGUUAGUCUUUCGUUUGAAAGUCAGUACGCGUAAUAUAAAGCUACGGCCAUACUAUUGCACUAUCGCGAACAUUUGUCGUUUUCACAAAAUUUCGUUUGCAUAACGAAAUGAUUAUAGUCCGACAAGGAUCUAUAUGAAUGUGGCGAAAGUUGGAACUAACGCCACCGUCUUUGUAAACGUCAUAUUUUGUAAAUCAUUUACGUAGACAGUGGCGCCACCAAGAACUGACACACAUUUUUGAAGAUCCUUGUCGCAUUGUAUUUAAUUCGAUCUCUUUUCCUCCUUUGUCUGCACUGACUUAACACUCUUCGAUUAGAUUAUCCGAAAGUGACUGUAACGCUAAUUUUUAGAGUACGAAGAAUCUCGAUAACUGCCGUCCAUAAUCGUAUUUUAUACUUAUUUUAAUAAAAUUAUUUUAAAUACUUAAA